AUGGUCAGUUAUACUAGCGCCCUUACCGCUGUUCUCUUGCUACUCCCCUCUUCUUUUGGUCACCCAACAUUGCACUCAUACCACAAGCGAUUCACGGGCGUCAAACUCCAGUCUGGACGGACUGGUCUUUGUCUCGCUCCACUCGGUAAUAGCACCAGCUGGGUCGCCGGGACACAGAUCUCCUCCUCGGAGUGUACCGAUGAGCAUGUGGGAGUCUGGGAUGUGAGCUACGGGAGUGGGGUUGUGAUUUUGAGCAAGACAUCGGGAACCGAUCAGCUGUUGGUUUUGGAUGGAGGGACAGGGAAAAAUGAUAACGAGAAUCUGAGACUUGAUAUUUCAAACAACGGAAGCUUUGCCCAGACAUGGUACUAUACCAACGACAAUCGUCUCGCUAUCACAAGCGGAAAUCAGUGCGUCGAUAUGGGCGAUAGGGGAAAUGUGCAGACCUACAACUGUACUUCAGGGAAUACCAAUCAAGUCUGGUGGCUACUUUCCGACGAUGGCAAUGAGACUUUGAGCCCACCCGGUAGCUCGUCUACGGCUGUAUCGGACGCAGCCACUUCUGGUGUUGCAGCAUCGUCGAGCAGCGGCGCUGAAGCUGGCUCAUCGUCUUCUGCUGGUGCUCUGGCAGCAACGUCUGGAGUUGUGUCAUCCACUACUGCAGCGAGCGGCAGCGCUUCCUCGGGUACCGCUGGAAGCGUGUCAUCAUCCGGAGGUGGUACAGGCGAUAGCGACGUAAGCAGCACCGCGAGCGAAGAAAGCUCCUCGAGCGGCUCUUCUCAAGCCUCCAGUACCGGCUCGGGAAUGUCAUCUGAAGCCACCGGUGAUGCUUCGGCAAUUAGUGCUGGCGAUAAAGCCAGUACUACUCUCGAGAGCGACGCAACUUCGGAUAGCAGCGGCGAUGCUUCAACGACGCCGAUCUCUACAGCUACAUCAGCCGCCGCCAAGUCCACAUCAGGGGAGGAAGCUGGAUCAAUGUCCGAAGCAGCCACAUCCUCCUCGGCCAAAACCAGCGACAGCACUUCGAUCUCGGUGGUCAACGUUUCCGAGGACAAGGGUAGCUCAACAUCGUCCACUGCCAAGGAAGACGCUACGUCUACAACGGCUCAAGAUGCCGGGCCUACCGUGGGAGCUGAUAAUGGUGAAGGAUUUGUGACAUUGACUGUGGGGGGUCAGAUCAUUGUGAUGCAGACCGAGUUUGCCGCUGCGAAAGCGAGUGCUUGA